UAUGCCAGGAGUAAAGGUUUCUCCAUUGUGGACACAUUUAGUAUGACGAUGGCCAGGUUUAAGGACUUCAUGCCAGGAAAAUGUUCUUGUCACUUUCAUAAAGUGAGGUCAUAAUUUUGUUUUUCACUACAUUUUUUACACAAUAAACUUUUUAAACACUGCCUAUUUAUAUCAAUUGAUCCAUCCAUAUUUGAGCAUCAAUUAAAUAAAAGGUUUUAUUGCAACCCACCCAAAUUCCCCCCAAAGAAAUUUUUCUGUUCUUUUCCACUUAGUUGAACACAGUGCUGAUCCAUAUCUCCACUAUUUGAUACAUGACUGUUGCUUACAUUAUUGAAAUAAUUUAUAAUUUAAAAGUAAUAACAAUCCGUCCUUGUCAGUAAAAUAAAAUAAAAUAAUUAAAAUGGGGUAGUUGUGUAUCCUGACACUGUCCACUUUUAUGCAUGAUUCACAGAGUUUUGCUAUUUCUUGUCCCAGGUAGUUCCUUUUGGACAGUCUAUCCUGAAUAAAUUAUCUCACAGGGGUUUGCUCCCAACUGACUAUCACACUAAAUAUCAUGUGGAAGGGGAGAUAAAUGCUGUGUAUUCUGAAAUGGUGAUCAACAGACUCUGCUCCAAAGGCUAA